UCAGAAGAUGCCUUUAAUUCAACGUUUAUUUCAACUAUAGGUAUUGAUUUUAAAAUCAGAACAAUAGAACUGGACGGCAAGAAGAUCAAACUACAGAUAUGGGACACAGCAGGGCAAGAGCGAUUUCGAACGAUCACGACAGCGUACUACCGAGGAGCUAUGGGGAUCAUGCUGGUGUAUGACAUCACCAACGAAAAGUCUUUCGACAACAUCAAGAACUGGAUACGGAACAUAGAGGAGCACGCCUCGGCCGACGUAGAGAAGAUGGUCCUUGGAAAUAAGUGCGACGUAAAUGAGAAGCGGCAGGUUUCCAAAGAGCGAGGAGAGAAGCUGGCAUUGGAGUAUGGAAUCAAAUUCAUAGAAACCAGUGCAAAGGCAAAUAUCAACGUGGAAAAUGCAUUUUUAGCUCUUGCCAGUGACAUCAAAGCAAAAAUGGACAAGAAAUUGGAAGGCAACAGUCCACAAGGCAGCAGUCAAGGGGUGAAGAUCACCACAGAACAACAGAAGAAGAGCAGUUUCUUCCGCUGUGUCGUGCUGUGAGAGACCGCAGCCUUACUGGAGCCCCGCACGGCUCAACCAAACCGGACUGCGCUUGCUCCCAGUGCCCCCCCUCCCUCCCACCCCACCUCUCUGGAUCCAACCUCUCCCCUACAGGCCCUGCGUUACUGCGGACAGCCACACUGAGAUUCAGCUGUUCCUUCCACCUUGUUUGGGUGUUGCUUGUCAACAGCAUCUUCUGCCAGGGAGGCGGGGUUAGGGUAGAACGGGGUUCAAAGAGGAACUGUCCGUGUUGUCUUAGCGAAACAGCAGAACUGUUUUUGAGUUCUCUCUGAUGUUAUUAAAUCUGGUUUUACUCUUCGAAUUCUGCACCGAGCGACCAAGUCCCCUCCCACUUUAGAAUUAUGAAUCCUUGAUGAAUUCUAUCCAUUCCAUGCCGGGUGUUCUGAUCCGUCUGAGUACCUUGUCAGGUGAGCGAGUUUCGAGAUUUUAAACAUGCACCCAGCUCAGGGCUCAAGAGCUCAUUCCUAGUUGAUCAAAUCGCUCUUGAGACCAUAAAUGACGAUAUUCACUCUUUCAAGGUCUCUGCCUUUCUGAUAUGCAAUAAAAAUGAUAAAACAGCAGCCUCUAUCUUUUUACUGCAAUUUGAAAGCGCCGACAUUUCCCAUUUGGGUUCAGUUCCUUUUUAAAUAAAUGUGUUGAAUUUAAAACUUAUUUAUUUUUUGCUCAUUGCAUAUUCAGGCUGAAGUCUGCAAGAUUUCAUCACCUUUCUUGACAAAUCGGAUCAGGUUUUCAUAAAGGAGGCAAAUUACUUAAAGGAAAAAAGUGUGUUUUUCUUUCCUUUAUUCCAAAAUAAUUCUGCUCCCUAAUUUCAAGCCCGUCCACAUUCCUUGAAGGUCAGACGCCUCCUGUUAUAGAUGUCAGGUUUACAUUCCAUUGUUUGACACUUAAUUGUUUUUGGCUUUGUGGGCUUGGCUUAAUUUCCAGAAUAUGUUUUCAGCAGUUUAGUUUUGAAAUCUCCCGUGCAAUUUAACUCUGAUUCAUAAACUUUCGAAGUACAUUUAAAAUAAAAAUAAAAUAAAAAUUGUAUCGCAUAACAAUUUAAUUUUUUUUGUUAUAAAAAUGGCAAACCAGUAUCCAUACUAAAUCCAUGCUACAAAUGCUAUGUCUUUAAUUUUGUAACUUGCCUGAUUGUUGUGUGUUGUAAUCAUUAGUGACACUCCAGGAUCCAUCUCAACUAGAGAGAGCACCAGGACUUUUAGCUAAGUUUUAAAAUCUCCCAACCACACUUCUAAGAAAGCAUGACUUUGGUUAGUAUUUACCCUGCUUCAUUUGCACUUGAGAAAGCUUAGGGUGAUUUGAGACAAAAGGGCAAAGGAUUUAUAAUUUAUUUUAAUAGACUGUGGACCAUUUAAUUUUUUUCUAUUGCUGUCCUCCUCUUGCAAUACUUUCCAUAAAGACAAUUUCAUUGUGUUAAGCAGAUUCUGUUAAUAGUGUUCAGUGCAUGCUUUUCACUUCUGAUAAAAACCACUGAUUUUUUUUUCUUGAGAGAGGUUUGCAAAUUCAGGAGCCUGUUCAAACAAACUAGCAAAGUGUCUCUCUACUCUCAAUACUGAUGCAAACCUUUGUAAAGGAAGUCGCUUGUGUGUAAAUAAGUUUCUCCUAACCAGCAGCUUGGUGCUCUACCAUGACAGUCCCAUGAGGGAAAAGGAAUUUCUCUGGGAGCAAUUCCACAUUGAUUUAAAGGAUCUUAGAGUAAAGCUACCGUUGUGAUUGUGCUACAAAAACCAUACAGUGCACAACAGGAAGCUGAAGGAAUGUUGCAGCUCGUUCGGGAACUCUUUGAUACAAGCAUAUCCGCACCGUUCCCCUCCUUUCUUAACCAGCUGAAUCCUUCAUCUACUGCAAUCAUUCUUUAAUUCAGUUUGUCUCUUGUUUUUGUUGUAUAUUCAAAGGGCUUGCAGUGAAGGAGGCUUGAUUGCAUAUCCCUGGCUUUUGGUGUUACUGUUCAGGCUGUCUUGCGUUAAGUGUCAUUGUACCAGUAUGUAUACAUACAUUAAAAAAUUCUUGUAAAUUCCAUGUUGAUGGAUAGUUAUGACCCGUGUUUGUUUGAAAAGUUUUACUAUAAGCAUGCCAUACAGUAUAUUAAAUUUUAGCUGGCAUAUCCGUUGCUGUCAAUAAUCCAGUUGCUUCAUACGUAAACAAGGUUUGCCAACCCAAAAUUAUAAUUGUAAUAAAAUUAGCCCAGAUACUUAUUAGAUAUGCAAUCAGGAUAUUUGACAGCAUGUACACAUACUUAUAAAUUGAUUUGUAUAAUGUUACAAUACAGAUAGCAAGACUAAUAAAUAUCACUGCACAAUAGUGACAUCUGUAGGCAAGAGAUGGGACUGCAGGCAGUGUUUUGUGUGUUUUUGUUGAGUAGUACAGUAGUGUGUGAACUAGCUGUCACUUGCAAUCGUGAUCUGAAGUCAAAGUAGUCAAUCAGUAUUACAUUACCCCCAGAAGGGUUUUAAUUGCUUGAAGAACUAGUUAUGUGUGUUUCUCCAACAAUGCACCCCUGCAGCUUAAAGCCUGUCAUUUGACAUUUAACAAGAUGCUCACGUUUUGCAAAACAUGAAAUUUCACUGAAAGACUUGAGGCCUAAUGCACUUCACUUGCUUUAACAAUGUCUAUUUUGUUAACCCAUUGGAUCUUUUAAAGAAUGGCUUUAAUUACUUCAUCACUGCUAGUGAAUGCUUUGUAGCUACACACACACACACACACACACACACACACACAUUAUUGACCUGAGUACAGGCCAGUGCAACUCCCUUCAUUUAAAAGGAUUGUUCUCCAAAAGAAUCUUGAUGUUUAAUGAGUGUCUUACAUAACUGAAGACUCACCCGUUUGAAUCGCAUUUAACUGUCUUGGCUAUCAGGAAGAUCGAUCACAUUGUCGAUUUUCACGUUCUGAAUCUAAAAUCUCCAUUCGGUAUCUCCAGAAUCGUACCCCGCCUCUCUCCGUCACAGACCACAAGCAGCAUGUCUUUAGAUGUCUGUGUUGGAUUCCAAGUAGGGCAGUGCAUACAUUUAUACCCUGGGGCAACCCGCACUUGUUUUUAAGGGAGGUCUUGUACUGGAUGUCCUUUUCUCUUUCCAUUAUGUGGUUGGUCAAUGAGUUAUGUUUUUUUUUUUUUUUUUU